AUGGGCAGUUUAUCUACAAUUUGUGAGUCAAAUGACUCACAAAUCAACGCUAGUAUAGAACCACCCAAGAGUUUUACAUCAUGUGAAGCAGAACUGACCGAGUCCAAUUACCCAAUAGAACCCUUCGAACAUGAGUUUACAGAAAUUAACAAAACCAGAGAAUACUUGAAUAAUUUAUCGGAAAAUUAUAACACUCCUUGCAUUUCGAGGGCCUCAAAUAUCCCCUUAUGUCCUCCUAAAAACCUUACAGAUUCCCACAAG